UCACGGUCAUUGCUCUGAAAGUCAAAACAAAUCCAGCUAAGCUUUAAGGUAGAAGUGGAGCAUAAGAAAUGGGACUUACCUGUGGUCUCUACCAGAAGCAGCCAGAGAGGUCUUUAUAGGAUUCAUUUGGCCACCUCGAUCCUAGAAAGGCAAGAAAGGUAAGGAUGCUCUGUCCUUGCUGGUGUCUUCUCACAUAAUAUACAAGGCUGAGUUGAUUAGAUACAUGCAUAUUUAAUUGUAUAGUGUGUUUUACAAUGCAAAUAAGUAGCUUUUAUGGACAACUUGCCAUUCAUGAGAAGUCAUGGCCAGGUAAGGAGGGAGAAAAACUCGCCUCAAUGAUAUCAAUUUUGAUUUACUAUGCAUGUUAGUUCAACGAAGUUUAAAUCUUGGGCCAUAAUGCUCUAAUAUGCAAAAUCACAUGAUGUUUUUGCACUUUUUAUUCGUCAGGUUAAGCUAUUGUCUUUUGUCAAUUGUGGCAAAUGGCGAAGUGACACAUGGCUGUACAAGUUCAAUGCAACAGCUCCUCUGACCCAUUUUGUUAUGAGGAAGGAUCAGGUCCGUUUGCACUCAUCAUUAUUCCAAGCUUGCUGGCUCUGAGCACACUGAUAGUUGUGUCUCAAAUAAUAUGGAGCUUUGUUAGCAAAAGAUUAUCAUCUCAGACCAGCUCGGACCCUACAAUUGAAAACGGGGAACCUGUAACCUUGAACACAGAAUCUGGGCCUGUUCAUGAUUCACUGGGUCCAUGGGAGAUUCCUGCUCACUGCGUCCUGGAGGGGGUCGAGGUCUUUCAAACGGGCCGCUAUGGACCCAUCUGCAAGGGUCAGCUAAAACAAGAGAACCAAUCCACCGCUGUAGUGAUUAAAACUCUAAAAGACAGAACAAAUCAACACGAUGCUAAGGAGUUUGUGGAUUUGGUCCUAUUCCAUUCUGCUGUAAGUAAACAUGAGAACAUAGUGAAAAUGUUAUACUGCCAGACACAACGGACGCCCAUGUAUUUCAUUUUGGAGGCGAGCAUUCCAGGAAACCUUUUGCAUUUCCUAUGGAGUCUGCGAGAGGGCAGACCUGAUAACUUGCAGUCUUUUUCAGAGAGAUCUGUUUAUAUGGUAGCUAAACAGGUAGCAACAGGUCUGGACUAUCUGCACUCAUAUCACAGGAUUCUCCAUGGGGAUGUCGCAGCCAGGAAUAUGUUAAUCGGCUCAGGGUUUUCUGUUAAAGUCUCGGGUUUGAACUCUGCUUUUAAGAGCCGACAGACAAAGACAGUGGAUAAGGAACUGCAAGCUAAGGUGCCAGUGAAAUGGCAAUCCCCGGAGCGGAUAAUGAGGCUUCCCGUAACAGACAGGAGUGAUGUAUGGUCAUUUGGAAUCCUGCUUUAUGAGUUGACAACCCUUGGUUCUCCUCCCUAUCCUGACCUGGAACCGUCUGAAGUUCUUCCCCACACUUUAGCUCAUUACAGAAUAAAAAGACCAGACAACUGUGGAGCUCCGUUAUAUGACCUCAUUAAGUAUUGCUGCAUGUGGAACUUCAAGGACCGGCCUGUGUACUCUGGCAUUAUGAGACUUCUGGAUUCCUACAUCCACCUCACAGAUACAAAAGCUCUUUGCUCUGAACCGCCAAUAGAUAUAUGUGAAUACAAGAGAAAAGCAGGCCUGUCAUGAGUGGGACAUUCAGAGACCAACAGUGAAUAUGAAUUUACCCCCAAAUAUUCUGUCCCUCGUGUAAUCUAAAACCUGUAUGUAUCUUUUUCUGGAGAACACAAAUGACGAUAUUUUGAUAAAUGUCUCAGUGAUAUUGUGUUUAUAAGUCAAGGGUCAAUAUUGUUUGGUUACUAACAUUCUUCAAAAUAUCUUCUUGAAGAAAGAAAAUAUUACAGGUUGUGAAUGACAUGAGGGUGAGUAAAUAAUGAAAGAAUCUCCACUGACAUUACACACUUUAAAAAUUUGUUGUUUUUGUUGGUUCAACUAAGUUUCCUGUUUUUUUUAAGUUGAACCAACAAAAUCAUGAGUAAUUUUUCUAAUGUUUCACAACACCGCUAGAUGUCGCCACUUUCCUUGAAACUAUUAAGGAAGGUAAUGACCAGUAAUGCCAACAACACAGCGGCCUCUAGUGGUGAACUUUUGUGACAAAGUUAAGGAAUUCUUCAUUGUUAUUUUCAUAAAUGUAUUUUAGCUUUGCUCUAAUUGUUUAGUACCCAAAGUCAAUGACUACUACUAGUGUAAAUGUAGCUUCAACUGUCACACAUAUCAUGACACAUUCAAUAGGCAUACUUAAAAAAUACAUAAUUUGAUUAUCUUCCCUAAGAGCGAAAUAAAAAGUUCAAAAGAAGCUGUAUAUUAAUUCA